CGGGUCGGUCAGUCAGCUGAUGACUAAAUACUCCACAAAACCUCCGUCCUUUAGCUCAUGCCACACGAACGCGUUUCCAGCCAAUUACGCACAAUGUGGAAACGUUCAUGCAACUGGAGGGGCAAGAUUCGCAACUUGAUGGGCUCUCGCUCGGGAACGCGUCCUGUGUGCGCACGCGGAGCGGCCGGAGACAUGCGGAGGGACGCGCUUCUAACUUGUUUUCCUGCGGUUUUAUGAUACGGUGCCGCCGCGUCUCGUUCGUGUGAUGGGGAGAAGCGCGUGGAGCUGCGGCGCCGUGACGCUGCUGGCCAUCGUGUGCUCGUGUCGUGCCGUCACUCUGGAGUCCAUCCACUGGAGUAGCUCCAAUGCAAAAUUCACUCCAGGUCAGGGUCUGGUGCUGUAUCCGCAGAUCGGGGACAAGAUGGACAUCGUGUGUCCUCGGGCGGACGCCUCCCUGGGGGAAAAGGAGGAGUUCUACAGAGUGUACCUUGUGUCGCGGAGUCAGAUGGAGAGCUGUGCGCUGGACAAGACGGACACGCCUCUGCUGAACUGUGACAAGCCUCACCGCGACGUCAAAUUCACGUUCAAGUUUCAGGAGUUCAGCCCCAACCUGUGGGGCCUGGAGUUUCUCAAGGGGAGGGACUAUUACAUCACCUCCACCUCUACAGGUGCUGUGCAAGGACUGGACAACACCGACGGGGGCGUGUGUCGAACGAAGUCCAUGAAGCUGGUGCUGAGAGUCGGCCAGAGCUCCUCAGAUCCACCUUCAACGCUGCAGGAGUCUCCGACCAGAUUCCCGCCCACGCAGACGAAAGCCAAGGAUGAGGACACGGCUGCGAGAGGAAAGGAUAUAAAAAGCAAAACUGAGAGCGGGCAGACGGAGCCCAGCGGCGGCGCCGGCCCCCAGCAGGCGCUGCUCAUCUGGGCCGUGUCCGGCGCUCUGAUGGUCCUCCUGCUCGUCAUCACUCUGCUGGCCCUGCUCUGGAGGUGCCGCCGCCGCCACCGCCGCCGCCACCGCCUCCCAGACAGCCAGCAGUCUGCCUCCGUGCCACUUAACACCUUGAAUGUGCCAAAGCGGGACAGCAUCAGCAGCGACAACAACGGUUCCGACCGCAGCGACGUGGUCUUUCCUCUGCGGGCGUCUGAAAGCAUGAUCUGUCGCCACUACGAGCGUGUGAGCAGCGAUUACGGGCCCCCCGUGUACAUCGUCCAGGAAAUAUCGCCACAGACCCCCACCAACAUCUACUACAAGGUCUAAGGCCCGCUGCUCUGAUGCUGGACUGUAGCCAAUACGCUGGUGAUUAUAACCGUCAGUUUAUACCUUCAUGACUGUGUAGGUUGUAGUGUGUGUGAAGACGUGCACAACAAGCUACUGAACUAUUUUCUUUUCUUUAUAAAGAGACAAUCAAAUCAUCGACACUGACAUAAUCCAGUAGCUGUGUGUGAUGUUUGGAAGUCUGAAGAUGCCAGUGUGUCAUUGUGUGUGUUUUCUUUCUGCUUCACAUGUACAGCAAAUGUGUAUUUUAUUUUAUUUCAUCAGUUAAAGUCACUCAGUUAAUUGAAAGUAUACGUAUAUAUUGAUUUUUAUUUGUAGCUUGUGUGAAUCUAUUUUAAAACACUGUUCAGUGAAAUUAAUAUUUAGUUUAUUCCACACUUGCUCUUUCUAAAAGGUGAAAAAAGAGGCUGGAUAUUAGUUUGAUCUUAAUCGAGUCAUCUGCAGUCAUUUUUAAAAUAGUUUCUAUGUAAUGUAUUGGACUAUAAACCUUUGUAAUUAAAUAAGUCAAUGCUGAAAGAGUUUUGUCACCUGUCGAAGGUGUGAAAGUUGCAGAAACUGAAUGUGUCACUUCUCAGUCUCCAGUGAUCAAAGGAGCAAAAGCAGAAACACAAAGCAACUUGAGGACAAAAUGAUGGUCUGAAUUAGAAUAAACGCUAAUAAAUCACAGCUUCCUUGUGGUCACCAAAUUACUAAGCAUGUGACUAUGCACCGAGCGUGUGAUGACUUAAAGCGGGAAUGAGUGACGGCAGCUCCACUUUUUGCAUGUUUCUUGUUUUCGUUAAUCGUAUCAGCUUUAGUCGACCUGAAACUGCUUUUCAAAAAAGCCUGUUUGAAUAAUUUUUCGCAGGUUGUGGGCAUAAAAUUAGGUGCUGCCCAGAGGAGCGUGUCUCUUCAUUACACUUCUAAUGGUGCUCUUGGGACAGUGAUUGUCAUUCUGCAGUUAACAUCACCAUGAUGAGUUUUCAUCAUGUCUUAAUUGGAUGACGGCCCCCCUUAAAAAGUCAAAACCCAGCUUCCUAUAGUUUGAAGGAUGAGCUUUCACUGUACUAACACUGGUUUUAGAAGGAGAACGCCAGCGUAGUGAUGGCUCCAGAUGUGCUUCGUGUGUCGGCACAUGCGUCACAUCUGAUCACAAGCCUUCAAGCGCAGGAUGCAUUUGAACACACACACACAUGCAUGUAGUUGUCUCACGGGCUGUCUUGUGGCGCUGUGCACCGACAGCAUCCAUGAGUGAACAUGUUUCAUGCUCCUUCAGCCACAUCAUGCUGCACAUUUUCAACCUGUCAGCUCCUGUGAUCUUCUUCCCCUCCACCAGGGACACUGUUGUCUCUGAAAGCAAGGACAUGUGAGCAAACGAAAAAACUAAAAUUAAAACUGAUUUCACACAUGCACACAAACACCCUCAAUAACAGAAAAAACAAAAGAUUUUUACACAACUUGCCAAAAACAACCUAAAAGAAACAGCCUGAAGUGAAUUGUUAAUCUGUUUUUCCCUUAGUGUUCUAUUGUUCUUUCAGACCUUGAACGACACAUAUGCUGCACAUAGACGGCCUUAUCCUGCAGCAAAGUACAGUUCCCCUUUGGCAAGAGAUGUAGUUACAACACGUGACAGAUUUAAUAGAAAAAAAAAUCCUUUCAUUACUGCUUUCCAGAAUUAACUCAUGUAAUAGACCAGUGUCUCCUUGGCAACCUCUUAAUAUUUUUAAUAGUAAUAAGCCUAUUAUCCUAAAUAUACAGUUGCAUCUGAGCCCCCAAACAGUUUUUGAUCACUUCCAACUACUUCUACAUCACUGGAGUGAUCAAAAACAUGGGUGUGUAACGCUGCAGAGCGUGGUCGUUGUCCGUGUGCAUGCGUCUUCCCACCCCCUCUCUUGAAGUGAUCCUUGCUCUUUUGAAAUUAUUUUUUUUGUCCUAUGUGAAGCUUCACAGCUGAAUGGCCUGUGGUCGGGUGAGGCGAGUUCGGUUGACCCCGGAGUCACAGGGAGACAAUGGCUGCUGGGUCUCUAUAGGAAGAACAAAACAGAGGCCCCUGGGCAUAUGGCCCCUGUCAUGGGAGGGGCUUGGAGAAGGUAGGCCAUUUUAGAGAAAGGGAGCAGAAGUGCUGCUGCACCGGAGGGGGUGUUUCAGAGGCCCUGGCUUGGAUAACACUGGCAGCAUGGUGCUCCAAGUUUCCCAUUUUACCUGUAAGUCUUGCCUGUGCUCACAGUACAGAAUAAACAGAGUGAUUUUGGUGGAUUAUGAGCCACUGUUCACAUUUAUCAGUCCAAACAAAUCCCUGACCGUUAGCUUUAUCCCUAGUGAUACCAACCAGCGGGUGGAAAUUGGUGGAUUCAUCUUUCACACAUGCAGAGCUGUGCAGUUUAAAGGAUGGAAAGAUUAAUAAAGAGAAGCACUCUUUUUCUGACCCGUGUGAUUUUACUUCUGUGAAUCUCCGAGGAAUGUAUAAACAUGUUUUUAACACGGGGAAAGGGAAGCUGCUUGGUGUUUUCUCACAGUCGAUAAGCACUUCGUGUACACGUUGAUAGUUCCCUCUGCUGGCCAGCUACUAGACUGUCUCACGCUCGCUCCUUCGUCUGUGGCAGUCCAGCAGAUGGUAAAGGUGAAAACGCAUGACUGGGUCCCAUCAGGCCUCCUCCAUACUCUUAAAUGCGCCAUCGUUCAUUUAAUUAGGGAAAAUCUGGUAAUGUAAUUUGAAAUUCCAAGCUUCAAAGGCAAAAAGAAUCAGUCCCUGCUUCUUUGUUGUUAAUCUCUUAUACAUAUGCAUGUGUGUGCUUGAAAAACAAUGCUUUUAUUAUUUAUUUAAGGGUAUUUACAUGUUUUUGUUAAGGACAGUCAACACAAUGAGAGGGAUUCUUUUCUUUUGAUAUUCCUGAAGCUUCAGGGGAUUGCAGUAACAGCAGCUUUCAGUGGUGGUAAUCAUUUAAAAAACUGACAAUAUUGAUGUAAGUUAUUGAAAUUGUUGAAUAAUUUUACUUAUUUGGCUGUUGAAAAAAAUGUUAAAUGCUAUCAUUAAAGUCAUUUAAAUAAAUUUG